ACGUCACACUUGAGGAUGAAUGACGUACACGCAGCUGCGCUGUUUGGUUAUGGUCGGAGCAAAGGACGCUAGAAAGGGAUUACGGAAACCUCCAGCAUCGUAGAUAAAUACCCUAGAGAGGUGCGAGCACACAGCUGUCACAACAUCAAGAGAGCAGUGAAGAAAGGCUCCACUGAGUCCUGCACAAAACGAGGGUCAACAUGUCUGAGACAUACGACUUCCUGUUUAAGUUCCUGGUGAUUGGCAGUGCUGGGACAGGGAAGUCCUGCCUCCUCCACCAGUUCAUUGAGAACAAGUUUAAGCAGGACUCCAACCACACAAUUGGCGUGGAAUUUGGUUCCAGAGUAGUCAACGUCGGGGGAAAGACGGUCAAACUGCAGAUCUGGGACACCGCUGGGCAGGAACGAUUCCGAUCUGUUACACGCAGCUACUAUAGGGGAGCAGCUGGAGCGCUCCUCGUCUAUGACAUUACCAGCCGGGAGACAUAUAAUGCCCUGACCAACUGGCUGACAGAUGCCCGGACACUGGCGAGCCCCAACAUUGUUAUCAUCCUGUGUGGUAACAAAACGGACCUGGACGCAGACAGAGAGGUGACCUUCCUAGAGGCCUCGCGCUUCGCUCAGGAGAACGAGCUGAUGUUCCUAGAGACCAGUGCUCUGACAGGAGAGAACGUAGAGGAGGGUUUCCUGAAGUGUGCUCGCAUUAUACUCAACAAGAUAGAUUCAGGUGAGUUGGACCCAGAGAGGAUGGGUUCAGGUAUCCAGUACGGCGAUGCUUCGCUGAGGCAGCUGCGACAGCCGAGAGGCACCACCACACAGAAUAAGCAGCAGUGCAAUUGCUAGGGAUCGGGGCCCCACCCUCCCCGCAGUCUACAGACAGGAUGUCCCCCGCAGGUAAAAGAUGAAGUCAGUCUGCACAGGUUCUGCGGUAGAAUAAACCAGAUGAAGUUUCAAGGUUCCUGCAGUUGUGGUCCAGUAAAGCUUCUCAUCUGAUCUGACUACUGAAGCUGCUAAUCAGUGGAUUUAAUUGUAGUCCAGAUUAUUAAAUUCAAACAGGCCCAAAUGUAGAUCCUUUACUCACUCCAAAAUGUGAGUCUUUGGAAGUUUUGGUUUGCAUUAAAAUGCACUGCUAUGUAGAGUACUGGCCUUUGUAAUAUACUUUAGUGAUGUAUUAUUCCCAGUCACCAUGUUUUUAAACUCUUAGAGGGAAUAGACCAGAUUCUCCACUUUACAUCUACUGUAUGUAGAUGAGCCCAUAGACCAGGUUGAAAUCACAACAAAGAGGUAUUUUGCUCUUUACUUUCCUCCAGAGCUCCCAAAGUCUUUAGAUGUGUAUUAUCAAGCUUAGUCCUUGCAUCUGCUCCUAUCACAGUAAAAUGUUAAGAAAGGGUCAUCAGUCAAACAAAUCAGUCGA